AUGGAUCCUAAAGGAGACUCCAACUCUAGCAUUUCGGAGACAAAAUACCCCCGGCGAUUCAGAAAGCUCGUUAUAGGUCUACGAGUGUUUGCUCUAGCAGUUACAAUCGCUGGUAUUGUGGUCGCAGCUAUCGCCGCCCAGAGGAGUCCUAUCGCCAUUGGCAUUCUAGGACCAGUAUUUGUAACGACACUCUCCUGGUCACUUAUAGAGUUUCACUGCUCCGUGGUCCGACAACUCCCGACUAUCCGCCCAUCGUUCGGCUUCGUUCUCGACUGCAUUAUCGCCCUCGGAUCGUUGGUUUCUAUUAUAUGGCUUGGAGUAUAUCAACCUUGGUGGAGCCUGGAAGAUGCUGCUUUAGGAAGCAACCUCGGACCGUUGGCUGCGGAGAUAUUGCUUAAAGUUGCUCUAGGUCUUAGUUGUGUAUCGGCCCAAGUCGGAGUCUGCACAACCGUCACUGUUUUGCUCUCACUUGAGAAGCCUAAAUUGCCUGAAGAUGGCGUUUUCUCGAGUGCUCAGGCCGAUUUUAGCGACCAAGUCCAGGAUCUGGCUGGCCUUCGUGUUCGGCUUAUACUCGGCUCAACUGAUACGCCUGUCUCAACAGAUCAUCGCAAAAACUUGGAACAUAUUUGCAAAGAAUGGCUUAAACUAGGGCCGUUGGCCCAUGACGAGUCCAAGAAGCCAGACCUCAUGCUUUGGGCGCAGGACGCAUUGCCUCCCACGCCUGAGUUCACCACGUCGCUGGCCCUCAUCCCAAAUGUUGUCAUCUGCCUGAAUGUGCUGGAUACCUAUGACGGAGGAAGGGAGUGCAACGAGGUCGGAUGGAGAGGUAUUUUCGAGUUUAUGAUUGGUCCAAGAAAACUAGCAAAGACUCUCUCUCUCGCCUACAGUCGUUGCGUAGAUGACUAUGUCCCUCUGUCUCCUCCUUCCAGUCAUCCAACGAUCAUACCUCGACCUCCGGUCUUUGGUCGACAUUCGACGUCUUCGAUUCUUUCGCAUACGAAAUAUAACAAUACGAGCUAUUACAUAACAAAACCAGUGUCAGCAUCGGCAUCUGUCGAAGGUAGUAGAGCAGGAGAAUCGCCAGUGCCUACAAUAGCUACACAGAACUUGAGUGAUACAGGCAGCGAGGCUCGCAAAGUACUCCUUGUUGAAGACAACCACAUCAAUCUGAAGAUACUUGCUGCCUACAUGAAGAAGCUAAACUUGGAAUACGACACAGCUGUCAGUGGAAAGGAAGCAGUAGAAAUGUAUACGCAGUUACCGAAAGCCUUUAUCUGCAUUUUGCUCGACAUCUCAAUGACGGUUAUGAAUGACUUUGAAGCUGCAUGA